GCGAGCUCGCUUACCGGAUCCAGACAACGCUCGCGUCCAAUUUCCCCAAUCGCGGCCCCAUUCUACCUCCUCCAAUCCAAAUCGCCGCCUCCCACCACCAAUCCGUCCCUCACAUGGCUGCGCUCCACUCGGCGGCGGGGCCGCGUAGUCCGUCUGCGUAGCGAUCGGAACGUAGUGUUUCGGUGGUGCGCGCCGGGUUGCCUUAUCGGAGUUCGUGGGUGUUGACUAUCAGGGCGAGCGGAUGGACGCCGACGGUCGCCUCCGGCGCGCGCUCGCCGCCUUCGGGGGCGGAGACGUGUGGGACCUCGUCGAUGCCGCGCUCGCCGCGGCCGCGCCAGCCGACCUCCGCGCGCGUCGUGACGGGAUCGUGGAGCGGCUCUACGCCGGGGCCCGCUGCCGCAAUUGCGAUGCCCCCGAGAGUCCACCGCAGCCGCCGCGUCAGCCGGCCGAGGCCGCUUCUCCGGCCUGGCAGGAGGAGGGGGAGGAGGAGGAGGAGGAGGCCGACGUGGAUGGCCUCGGCCUGGAGGAGGAGACCGACGAGGGCGGCGGCUUGGAGAGCAAGAUCCUGGCGAUCAAGGAUUUCUUGGAGGACCCCGACCAGUCGGAGGAGGAGCUCGUGAGCCUGCUGCAGAACCUGGCAGACAUGGACAUCACCUACAAGGCUCUCCAGGAGACGGACAUCGGCCGACAUGUGAAUGGCCUGCGCAAGCACCCUUCGGGUGACGUCCGGCAGUUAGUGAAGCUGCUCGUCAGGAAAUGGAAGGAGAUAGUGGACGGCUGGGUGCGGCUCCACAACUCUGGUGGUGACGGUGGAAACUCGAUCCUAACUGAUGGUGACUCUCCUGAGAAGACUCAAGGCAAAAACUACCAAAAUGCCCGGGUUUCAGACUUCAAGUAUACGCCCAGCCCACCACAGAGGCACAGUGGUUUGAGUUCAGAGCGGUCUAGGAAUAACAAUGGGUUCGAGUCGACACUGGAGAGGCAUAGAGCAAGCCCAGCUCCUACGUAUCAUACGAAGCAGAACAAUGGCAAUAACUAUUCAACUACUUCGUCAUCUGCUCCAGCUAGGGCGAUGAGGGAGCAGAAGGAUAAUCAUUUGGACGAGAAGCUCGAUUCAGCCAGAAAGAGGCUUCAAGAAAAUUACCAGGAAGCACAAAAUGCGAAAAAACAGAGGACAAUGCAAGUGCUGGAUAUCCACGACAUACCCAAGCCGAAAAAUAAAAACACCUUCAUCCGCAAGCCUGGUGGAGGUGGCCUCCCUGGCCGACAUCGGUGACCUGGUGAACAUGCAAAUUCUUAGCCGCGGCAAGGUUCAAAAUGAAAAAUAAAUUGAGCACGAAAGGUUUAUGUUUGUUCUUUUGUUUAGUUACACUGGUUAUCUGGUCCGCUGAAAUAUUGUCCAGCACAACCAAGUCAAGAUAUAAUACUAGUACUACUGAUAAAAGGACCAAGGUUAUAUAUUUGAGAAUUUGUGCUGUAGCUUGUUUUUUUUAAGAGGUCUCUUGAAUGUACCUGGAAGUAUUUAAUUGAGAAUUUGCGUUUGUGGUGACGUUUAUCCAUUUUA